UUUGGGCUGAGUGCGGGAGGAGGUAGCUGUGACGGAGUGUGGCUGUGGAGAAAUGGAGACAGUUGUAGAUUGGGAGGCUUUGUAAGCACUUGGUGUAGGCCUCCGACCCGUACUGGAUGCGCUCGGUCCCCCGUUUGCAGCGAACGAGGGCAUAGUUUCAGGGCCUCAACAGAGCCGACUUGCUCCCGUGUUGGUCGCCGCCAUGUUUGUUGGGGGCAACGUUCCGGUGAGGAUGGAGGGCGUUGCCAUCUUUCUCGGGGGCAAGUUGCAGCAGGACGUAUUUUGAUUGGUGGACGGAAGGGGACUACUUACACAGCAAGCUCCAACCUCGAGAAAUAUUUGUCUCUUUACAAUUUCGAACCAAGACUGGCAGUCAUGGCUUUUCUUUUUUGUAAUCACCUUUUCCAGGAUAUUGAAUGAGAAGGAUUUGCAGGCAGGGAAGUCGAAACAAAAAAAAACUACAUCAAGAUCUGUGACAUGUGGCUCGAUUUAUCCGGAAGAGAAAAGGCUCUCCUCUGGGAAAACAUUUCAGGACGGAUGACUUGCAGUCAGGAAACUCAAGUCAAACAUCGCAGCAGGAUCUGAUUUGUUGCAACCCCAAAUAUCUUCAGAUGAUGAACAUAGACGUUAAAACCAGUGCUCCCAGCGGGGAGAAACCAUACGUGUGUUCUGUGUGCAGACGAGGCUUCAGCCGAUCAUCUGGCCUCUCAAAACACAAAUGCAGUCGCAACGGGGAGAAACGAUGGAAGUGUGGGGACUGUGAAGAGGGAUUCCAAUAUCCGUCUCAGCUGGAAACUCAUCGACGGACUCACACAGGGGAGAGGCCGUUCAUGUGCUCCGUAUGUGAUAAGGGAUUUGCUCGGUCCUCUGACCUGCUGAAACACCAGCGAGUUCACACCGAUGAGAGACCUUUCAAUUGCCUGGACUGCAGCAAGUGCUUCAAAUGCUCUGGGGACCUGAUACGCCACCAACGCGUUCACUCGGACGAGAGACCGUUCAGAUGCUCCCGGUGCGGGUCUGGGUUCAGGCGAUCCUCUCACCUCGCCGUCCACCAGCGGGUUCACACCGGGGAGACGUUCGCCUGCUCCGAGUGCGGGAGGGCGUUCACUCGGCCGUCGAACCUGCUGAAACAUCAGCAAUUUCACGCUCGGGAGAAGCAGUUCACCUGUCCGGAGUGCGGAAAGGAAUUCCCCGAGUUAUCAGUCCUGCUGAGGCACCAGCACGUACACGUGGGAGAGAAACUGUUCACGUGCUCAGAGUGUGGGAAGGGGUUCAGACGCUCAUCCAACCUGUUGACACACCAACGAGUUCACACUGGGGAGAAACCGUUCACCUGCCCAGAGUGUGGGAAAGGAUUUACUGAGUUAGCCACCCUUCAGUCGCACCACCGUGUUCACACUGGGGAGAGGCCGUUCAUUUGUUUUGAAUGUGGGAAGGGAUACACACGUUCAUCCCACCUUCUGAGACACCAGCAACCUGAAUUUCAUCGGAUUCGUAACAUGGAAGGGGACAGCGCUGUUCACGGUGGAGAGAAGCCGUACACAUGUUCCGAGUGUGGACGGGGUUUCAACCGAUCAUCCGGCCUCUCGAGACACAAGCAAACUCACAGUGGGGAGAAACCGCGGAAAUGUGGCGACUGUGGGAAGGGGUUCAGAUGCCCAUCUGAACUGGAAAGGCAUCGGCGAAUUCACACCGGGGAGAGGCCGUUUAUCUGCUCCGAGUGUGGGAAAGGAUUCACCCAGUUAUCAACCCUGCAGGAACACCAGCAGGUUCACUCUGAGGCGAGACCUUUUAGAUGUCCGAAGUGUGGGAAGUGCUUUAAAAGUUCAGGGGAGUUGAUGACCCAUCAGCGCGUUCACAGUGACGAGAGACCCUUUAAUUGUACAGACUGUGGGAAGUGCUUCAGAAGCUCCGGUGAAUUGAUGUCCCAUCAGCGGGUUCACACUGACGAAAGACCUUUUAAAUGUUCAGACUGCGGGAAGUGCUUUAAAAGUUCUGGGAACUUGAUGGCACACCAGCGAGUUCACACUGUUGAGCGACCUUUUAAAUGUUCGACCUGCGGGAAAUGCUUUAAAAGUUCCUGGAACCUCAUAGAACACCAACGUGUUCACACGGACGAGAGACCGUUCAGGUGCUCCCACUGCGGGGCAGGGUUCAAGCACUCGUCUCAGCUCACUGUCCACCAGCGAAUUCACACCGGGGAGAGGCCAUUCACCUGCUCUGCGUGUGGGAGUGGAUUCACUCAGUCAUCUGACCUUUUGAAACACCGGCGACUGCACACAGGGGAACGGCCGUUCAUCUGCUCUGAGUGCGGGAAAGGAUUCAGUCAGUCUUCCCACCUGCUGAAGCACCAGCGGGUUCAUAAGUGAUGAUAGAGACUGGAUUUUGCUGUUAGAACACACCCAGGACUGAUUCUGCUGGUGUUAAGUAAUGCAGGUGUUAAGAAUUCUGAAUAAAUUCAAACCAGCUUUCUUUGAAACAGACGAUGCUGAUUCUUUUUAAUGUCUGCAACACAAGCAUGGUGGCUCAGUGAUUAGCACUGCUGCCUCAUAGCACCAGGAACCCCGGUUCGAUUCCACCUUUGGGCGACUGUCUGUGAGGAGUUUGGACAUUCUCCCCGUGUCUGCAUGGGUGCUCCGGUUUCAUCCAAAGAUGUGCAGGCUAGGUGAAUUGGCCAUGCUAAAUUGUCCAUAGCGUUCAGAGAAGUGUAGAUUAGAUGGGUUAGAGUGGGAUGCUCUGAGGGUUGGUGUGGACUCAUUGGGCCAAAGGGCCUGUUUCCACACCGUAGGGAUUCUGUGAUGCUACGAUAAAUUACUUCCUUGCGAAGGGCUCUCCCUCUCCUUUGUCACUGAGGUUAAGAUCUGCUUCCUUUGCUGUAGCUCACUGGGCUAAACUGUCCCUAAAGUUCCUGAGCACUGAACUGACACCUUUCUUCAGUUUCUCUCCCAUCUGCUCUCAAACCCUGUCAGACCCCAUACGUCAAGAACCACCUCGUGAUCAAUCAACCUUAUUUUCAAUAAACUGUUUAUCACGUGACUCCUCCAUAUCCAUUGAGAUUGUUGAUAGUUCUGUCUCUUGGUGUUGUCAUACUGUCCUCUAAAUCUGUCGCUGUCACCUUCUGUAUAAGCAAAUCUUGAACCGCACUGUCACUGCAAACUACUGCUCUGACUCCAACAUCCCUUUCCUCUCUAAAGGUCUUGAAUAUUUCACUAUGUCCCAGAUCUGUGCAUAUAUUUCCCUGAACUCCAGGUUUAUAACGUUCCAAUCAGGGUUUCUAUACUGUACCAUUGAAACUACUCUUAUUAAAACCACAUCCUGUGUGACUGGGUGUCUGUUCUUGUCCUUGUUGACCUGUCUGUAACCUUGGACAAGGAUGACUAUAUCAUUCUACCCCAACACCCCUCUGGUUGUCCAGCUGGGUGGGGUUGCUGUCUCCUGGUUCCACUCUAUUUGAUCAGCGUGUCACUGGCUAUGUCUAUCCUUCCCACUCCUACAGUUCCCCCUGCUGUCCCCAAAAUAUCGACCCUGGGCCUCCCUUUAUUUCUGAUGAACAUGACCCCGCAAAAACAUCAUCUGAAAACACUGUUCUCAUGUGCAUUGAACUAACUCCCACCUCUACCUCACCAGUGAUUCUUUCAUCCUGUUGUCCAAUGAUCAGACUAUUUCACUGAUAUCCAGUGCUGGAUGUGUAAACUCUCCUCCAAUUAAAUAUCAGGAAGACUAAAACCAUUGUUUUUAUUCCUUCAUUCCCAACUGAAUCCUUCUCCCUGGCAACUGAAUGAAACUGAACCAGACAUUUCCUAUUUAGUUAAAACGAAGACUUAUUCUCCUGUAUCUUUUUGCGACUCACUACACUACGGUUCUAAGGUGAUUCCAUGUGAGAUGAAAGUGGUUAUCCCGGAGUAGAUGGUCGCGUUACCUUUGUAAUGUUAAUUGAUCCUGAACCCCACUUGUCAAAAGGAAACUUCUAUGUCUGUACAAUUGGCUACCAACAGGAUUUGUGGCUGUCAUCACAGCUUAUGACUGAAGUUGACAAGAUGACUACCUGGGGCUUUUUAGCUGACACAAGUUGGCCAAAAGGGGUUGGCAGCUACAUAUAGCAAAGUUUCACAGCCAGAUAUGCAGUCUCCAUAUGGAGUUACUGGAAAAGAUAACAAAAGGUCUUAUGAGAGUCAUUAAAGGGUCUCAGUCAGAAAAGACAGAGGAAUCUAAUCAUACUUCUGAAGACUGACAGCUGUAGGCACACAGGCAUUUUUGACAAGAAAGCAUUCUUGAAAAACUGAAUGAGACAUCUAGCGACAACCAGUUUGGUGUUUAGCAAGAACCAUAAGAAAAGUAUGAUCCCACAAAAAUCUGAAUUCUUUGGGUAAUUGUCGUUACAUGCACCCAUAUAAGUAUUGUGAAAUUAGCAGGAAAUUAAUUAAAUUCUUAUGACCAGACAACCUUAGUUGGUAAAAAGAGGCUCCAUCACAGGGAAGAUGGAGCCACAAAUGGUGUAAACAGACAACCUUGAGAGAGCAAGACAGGUUGUAAAACAUGGAAAUAAACAAUUGCAGCUUAAGUGCAGAUCUUUGCAUCCAAAGAUCAAGGGAAAGAUGCCAGUGACAGAAUUUCACCCAUAUUGAUCAAAUUCAAAUAGAUACUGUCUUAUUUAGUAAAGAAGAGGCUUAGUUUAGAACACAGAUAGUAAAGGUUUAUCAAGAAUUAACCUGGUUUAAAAACAAUUUACAGCAUGUGAAUAGCAGGCGUUGUAAAAGGCUGCUAAAAGACAGAGAAAUUGUGUUUCAUCUCCCCAGAGUCGAGUAAACGAGAAGCUGCCCCGAAUUAAUUAGCCUUGUUAAAGAGCUAUAACAUUAGAGAACUAUAACCUGUUGGCCAACCUGCACCUCCACUGGGUCUGCCCCUAAGUUAAAGUAGACCCUCACUUUGCUGUGUAUUCCUAUCCAUGUAAUUUGCAGCCACAUAAUUCACCUCUUUUAACCUCUCAAGCAGCUGUUGUGUCCACUUGUCUUUCAUCAUUCUGUCUACUCUGGCUCCUUCAGGCCCAGUCCAAACUGGCUCCAGGCCACGCAGCUCUGUACGCGUCAUUGACCUAUAGGGGGUAAAUCUUGUAGAGGAGGCCAUGGUACUUCCUGUUAUCAUCAUGACAUGAGGGAUAACCAUUAGCUGACAUCGCUGUAUCAUUUUGGCCUGCAUGUUCUUCAGGGUUUGAUUUAUUCUCUUCAAUAUUCUACUAGAUUGGGGCCCAAGGUAUGUGGAACCUUUGUUUAAUCCCAAGCGUUGUCAUGGCACUUUAAAUCACUUGGGCCAUAAAAUGUGUCCCUCGAUAUGAUUCUAUGCUCCUCGGUAAAAACCCCAGUGAGUAAAAUCCUUUUCCAACUGGAUCUUUGCUGGUAUCCUAGCAGUGCGAGCUCAUGUGG